AUGGAGUUGGUAGUAAAGAGACUAUCAAAAUCAUCUAGACAAGGUUCACAAGAGUUCAUAAAUGAAGUCAUUUUAAGGGCAAAGCUUCAACAUCGAAAUAUCAUGAGGCUUAUAGGGUUUUGCCUCGAUUCGGAUGAAAAAUUACUCAUCUAUGAAUACGUAUCCAACAAAAGCCUCGACUACUUUCUCUUCAAUCCAAACAAACAUGGGCAUGGAUCAAACCGAAGUAAACACCAAUCGAAUUGUCGGAACAUAAUUCCAACAUUGAAGUUUUUGCAAGAGUCAAUCUUUCAUUUACACUACCACUGGCGGAGAACUAUUGCAAAAAGAAGAUUAGAUGAAAACACCAUAGUUAAAUGUCGAAUCCUUCCUGAUAACACUGAGAGAUUGCGUGAUUUUGGCUUCGUGAUUUUGGCUUCAGUUCUCGUCACAGGAUGA